AUGUACCCCGUAACACUUGGCUCAUUCAAGCCCGGUCCCGUCAUUCACAAACGCGUUGUUGACUCCCUCUCGGUUUCCGCUUCUCCUUCAACAACUACCAAAAAACCUUCGUCCACCGCCAAGUCAUCCAAACCAUCCGCUAGUGUUCAUCCAUCACCAUCAUCAUCGCUUUCCUUUGCCAACGACCCAACGCAGAGCGUUAUUGCAUUUCCAGAUCCAACAACAACAACAACCAGCUCCUCCACUACAUCAUCUACAUUGCCUAGUUCAGAUUUGUUCCCAUCUACUACUGCAUCAUCACCAUCAUCAUCCGCGAUCGAAACGGCAGCAGAAACGGCAGCUAAUAACGAUUCUUCAUCUCCUAUAUCAUCGGGUGGUGUUGCUGGUAUUGUCGUAGGCGUGGUCGCUGCAGCUGCUAUUGGUCUCGUGGCCUUGCUCUUUGUUCGAAGGAAACGCAAACAACGACCCAUAGACAAUCGUCGUAUUUCAUCUUUUGGUCAAGCCGAGUUUUUUGCUGGUCCAUCACCUGCUGCUGUACCGCCACCCAAUACUUAUGGAAGCACUGCUGUCAUGACUUCACCACCACCACCACCAAUGGCUAACAAUAACAUGAUGAUACCGUACCACGAUAUUCAAACCACCAAUUCAACUUUUGCACCUGCUCCCUUUAUUCAACCACCACCUACUACCACGCAACAACAUGAUGAUCCAUUCCAACGUCAACCUUUGGGUACCUAUACCGUGGUGUCGACUUAUACACCUACUUUGGAUGAUGAAAUUAUGGUGCAUCCAGGAGAUCACGUGCAAGUGUAUACCGAAUACGAUGAUGGUUGGUGCCUUGGUGUGAAUCUUUCUAGAGACUAUAUUCGUGGUGUAUUCCCAAGCACUGUUCUUCCACAAUCACCCUCUCUUGCUUCCACUACUACGACUACUCAUCCUGAUGGUAGCGCAGGAGGAGGUCUUGCGGUCGAUAACAAACACCUCAGCAAGCGUGGCAGCUCAUUGUAUAGUGGAUAG